AUGAUAAUCACCUCUGUGGUGUCGAAUCCAGGGAUACCGAGUGACAGAAGUGAAGGGGCAGUGGCUGAGAGGCUUUGCAGGCUGGUUGCUGCAGAGUACUGGCUGGUCGCGACUGUAGCAGCCAAGAAGAGGGCCCUGCAGUCCACAAUGAAGCCACAAGGCUCCGCCCCCGCCCGCUGUCAUUGGUGCGUGGCUCUGUGCGCGCUCUGGAUGCUGCUGGAUGGAAACUGCCCGUGUGUGUGUGAGUGCGUGUGUGUGCCUGGCUCUCCGGCUGCUCCGUGGGAUCCUCCUCCGCUGUUUGCCCAGACUCACGGCUCACUCCGCUCGGGACAGUCUCACGGAGAGAACAAGGCCAUGUCCCCUCGCGGAAUGACCAACAUCGUGUGCCUGCUCUACGUGGGCUGGGUGACCAACUAUGUGUCCAACAACAGCGGGGCGGCCAAAGUUAGGGUCAGCCGCGGGGACCAGGGAGGCAGAAAGUUGGAGGAGGACAGCAAAGGCGAGACGCUCAAGAUCAUCGAGAGGCUGGAGCGCCUGGAGAGCGUGGUCAACGAGCACAUCAAAGGUUAA